CCGUUUUGGUCUCCGACGAAUCCUCCUCCGUAGAUCUAGCCAAGGUACAAACCUAACGGUAAUUUCUAAAAAUAGCUCAAAGAAAAAAUCCAAAUCGAUUUUCAAAUUGUGUUUCCCGUUAGAUUCUUAAUCAAUCUCAAAUUAUUUUCGAUUCUCCGUUUUUUUUUUUUGAAGAGUUGUGCGAAAUCGGAGAUGGCGCCGAGUAUUCGAAAAGCGAUUGGUGCGGUUAAAGACCAAACAAGCAUCGGAAUCGCUAAAGUAGCAAGCAACAUGGCUCCAGAUCUAGAAGUAGCUAUCGUGAAAGCUACAAGCCACGACGACGAUCCCGCAAGCGAGAAAUACAUUCGUGAGAUUCUAAACCUGACUUCUCUCUCCCGUGGCUAUAUCCUCGCUUGUGUUACUUCCGUUUCACGGCGAUUGAGUAAGACGCGUGAUUGGAUUGUUGCUCUCAAGGCGCUUAUGCUUGUGCAUAGACUUCUUAAUGAAGGAGAUCCGAUUUUUCAAGAAGAGAUUCUUUAUUCGACUAGACGAGGUACGAGGAUGUUAAACAUGUCUGAUUUUCGCGAUGAAGCGCAUUCGAGUUCGUGGGAUCAUUCGGCUUUUGUUAGGACUUAUGCUGGUUAUUUGGAUCAGAGGCUUGAGUUAGCUUUGUUUGAGAGGAAGAGUGGUGUGUCGGUUAAUAGUGGUGGUAAUAGUAGCCAUCAUAGUAAUGGUGAUGAUCGAUAUGGGAGAGGAAGAGAUGAUUUUAGGUCUCCACCGCCUCGUUCUUAUGAUUAUGAGAGUGGUGGUGGUGAUUUCAGAGGAGAUACUAAUGGUUAUGGUGGUGUGCCGAAGAGAUCUCGGUCUUACGGAGAUAUGACUGAGAUGGGAGGAGGAGGCGGAGGAGGGAGAGAUGAGAAGAAAGUUGUAACGCCUUUGAGGGAAAUGACGCCGGAGAGGAUUUUCGGAAAGAUGGGUCAUUUGCAAAGGCUGCUGGAUCGGUUUUUGUCAUUGAGACCUACUGGUUUAGCUAAGAACAGUAGGAUGAUAUUGAUCGCGUUGUAUCCCGUUGUGAGGGAGAGUUUUAAGCUGUAUGCUGAUAUCUGUGAGGUUUUGGCUGUUUUGUUGGAUAAAUUUUUCGAUAUGGAGUAUACGGAUUGCGUUAAGGCCUUUGAUGCUUAUGCUAGUGCGGCUAAACAGAUUGAUGAGCUUAUUGCGUUUUAUAAUUGGUGUAAGGAAACGGGUGUGGCGAGAUCGUCUGAGUAUCCGGAAGUUCAGAGGAUUACAAGCAAGUUGUUGGAGACAUUGGAAGAGUUUGUUAGAGACAGGGCAAAGAGAGGGAAGAGUCCCGAGAGGAAAGAGAUCGAAGCUCCUCCUCCGCCGGUUCAAGAAGAGGAGCCUGAACCUGAUAUGAACGAAAUCAAAGCGCUUCCUCCUCCAGAGAAUUACACUCCUCCACCUCCGCCUGAACCAGAACCUCAGCCUCAAAAACCGCAAUUUACCGAGGAUUUAGUUAACUUGAGGGAGGAUGAAGUCACGGCGGAUGACCAAGGGAACAAGUUUGCGCUUGCCCUCUUUGCAGGUCCACCGGGUAAUAACGGAAAAUGGGAAGCUUUCUCUUCGAAUGGAGUGACCUCUGCUUGGCAGAAUCCUGCUGCAGAGCCCGGGAAAGCGGAUUGGGAAUUGGCAUUGGUUGAAACAGCUAGCAAUUUAGAAAAACAGACAGCCGCUUUGGGCGGUGGGUUCGAUAACUUGUUGCUUAACGGGAUGUACGAUCAAGGAAUGGUCAGACAACACGUGAGCACCUCGCAAUUGACUGGUGGUAGCGCGAGCAGCGUAGCUUUACCCUUACCAGGUAAAACCAACAAUCAAGUAUUGGCUUUACCCGCACCAGAUGGAACCGUGGAGAAAGUGAACCAAGACCCAUUCGCAGCCUCACUAACCAUUCCACCACCUUCAUACGUACAAAUGGCCGAGAUGGAGAAGAAGCAGUAUCUACUGAGUCAAGAGCAGCAGCUAUGGCAGCAAUACCAACGUGAAGGCAUGAGAGGUCAAGCCAGUUUGGCAAAGAUGAACACCGGUCCAUAUCCAGCUUACGGAAUGCCACCUGUCAACGGUAUGGGACCGCCACCGACGGGUUAUUACUACAACAAUCCUUACUGAUUCAUUCUUUUUUGUGUUUUUUGCACCCACUCAUAUAUGUGUAGAUGACUCGUCUUCCACCUUUGAUCUUGUGUGUUUUUAUCAUAUCCCCGGAUUGUCGUAAAACGAUUCAAUCUUCUUCCUUUUCUCUUCUCGAGUUUGAUUUAUAGUUUAUGUACACUUUCUUGAGAAUCUUGAUUCCAAUUCUGUAUAACAUUUUGAUAUGUUUCAUGUUUUCGACUGUUUUUAAAAGUUACUUAUGAACACUUUUGUCGGAUAGUUGUGACGUAGAAAGUCUCCGUAGGACUUGUUAUAUUUUGGGUUGUGUUGUCCAAAACAGACAAGUGAAACAUAGCCACUCUUUGAAGUUUGAAGCCAUUGGUUCAUUUGUAGAUUAUUAGGUGAAACAGAUUUGUCGCUUUGUUGUUUUUCUUUCUAAUAUUCCAUAAAUAUAAUUCAUCUUUUUAU